ACAUCUCGCGAGAACAAAGACGCGCGAGCCUCGGAGGCCCGGAACCGGCCUUGGAACUGCGGCGGAACUGAAGCUACUUUCCCUCCCGCCCCAUGGAGCGGCCCCCGGGGCUGCGGCCGGGCGCGGGCGGGCCCUGGGAGAUGCGAGAGCGGCUUGGCACCGGCGGAUUCGGGAAUGUCUGUCUGUACCAACAUCGGGAACUUGAUCUCAAAAUAGCCAUUAAAUCUUGCCGCCUAGAGCUAAGUACCAAAAACAGAGAACGGUGGUGUCAUGAAAUCCAGAUUAUGAAGAAGUUGAACCAUGCUAAUGUUGUAAAGGCCUGUGAUGUUCCUGAGGAACUGAAUUUUUUGAUUAAUGAUGUGCCUCUUCUAGCAAUGGAAUACUGUUCUGGAGGAGAUCUCCGGAAGCUACUCAACAAACCAGAAAAUUGUUGUGGACUUAAAGAAAGUCAGAUACUUUCUUUACUCAGUGAUAUAGGGUCUGGGAUUCGUUAUUUGCAUGAAAAUAAAAUUAUACAUCGAGAUCUAAAACCUGAAAAUAUAGUUCUUCAGGAAGUUGGUGGAAAGAUAAUGCACAAAAUAAUUGAUCUGGGAUAUGCCAAAGAUGUUGAUCAAGGAAGUCUCUGUACAUCUUUUGUGGGAACACUGCAGUAUCUGGCCCCAGAACUCUUUGAGAAUAAGCCUUACACAGCUACUGUUGAUUAUUGGAGCUUUGGGACAAUGGUGUUUGAAUGCAUUGCUGGAUAUAGGCCUUUUUUGCAUCAUCUGCAGCCAUUUACCUGGCAUGAAAAAAUUAAGAAGAAGGAUCCAAAAUGUAUAUUUGCUUGUGAGGAGAUGACUGGAGAAGUUCGGUUUAGUAGUCAUUUACCUCAGCCAAAUAGCCUUUGUAGUUUGAUAGUAGAGCCUAUGGAAAACUGGCUGCAGUUGAUGCUGAAUUGGGACCCACAGCAGAGAGGGGGACCUGUUGACCUUACUUUAAAGCAACCAAGAUGUUUUGUAUUAAUGGAUCACAUUCUGAAUUUGAAGAUAGUACACAUCCUAAAUAUGACUUCUGCAAAGAUAAUUUCUUUUCUGUUACCACCUGAUGAAAGUCUUCAUUCACUACAGUCUCGUAUUGAGCGUGAAACUGGAAUAAAUACUGGCUCUCAGGAGCUUCUUUCGGAGACAGGAAUUUCUCUGGAUCCUCGGAAACCAGCUUCUCAAUGUGUUUUAGAUGGAGUUAGAGGCUGCGAUAGCUAUAUGGUUUAUUUGUUUGAUAAAAGCAAGACUGUAUAUGAAGGGCCAUUUGCUUCCAGAAGUUUGUCUGAUUGUGUAAAUUAUAUUGUACAAGAUAGCAAAAUACAGCUUCCAGUUGUACAGCUACGUAAAGUUUGGGCUGAAGCAGUACACUAUGUGUCUGGGCUAAAAGAAGACUAUAGUAGGCUCUUCCAGGGACAAAGAGCAGCAAUGUUAAGUCUUCUGAGAUACAACGCUAAUUUGACAAAAAUGAAGAACACUUUGAUCUCAGCAUCACAGCAACUGAAAGCUAAAUUGGAAUUUUUUCACAAAAGCAUUCAGCUUGACCUGGAGAGAUACAGUGAGCAGAUGACUUAUGGAAUAUCUUCAGAAAAAAUGCUAAAAGCUUGGAAAGAAAUGGAAGAAAAGGCUAUCCACUAUGCUGAGGUUGGUGUCAUUGGAUACCUUGAAGAUCAGAUUAUGUCUUUGCACACUGAAAUCAUGGAGCUACAGAAGAGCCCUUAUGGAAGACGCCAGGGAGACUUGAUGGAAUCUUUGGAACAGCAUGCCAUUGAUCUGUAUAAACAGUUAAAGCACAGACCUGCAGAUCACUCCUACAGUGACAGCACAGAGAUGGUGAAGAUCAUUGUGCAUACUGUUCAGAGUCAGGAUCGUGUUCUCAAGGAGUUGUUUGGCCAUCUAAGCAAGCUUUUGGGCUGUAAACAGAAGAUUAUUGACCUACUCCCCAAGGUAGAAGUGGCCCUCAGUAACAUCAAAGAAGCUGACAAUACUGUCAUGUUCAUGCAGGGAAAGAGGCAGAAAGAAAUUUGGCAUCUCCUUAAAAUUGCCUGCACACAGAGUUCUGCCAGGUCCCUUGUAGGUUCCAGUCUAGAAGGUGCAGUAACUCCUCAGGCAUCAGCGUGCCUGCCUCCAACUUUAGCACAGCGUGAACAUUCUUUGUCAUGCGUGGUAACUCAAGAUGGGGAGAGUUUAGCACAAAUGAUAGAAGAAAAUUUGAACUGUCUUGGCCAUUUAAAUACUAUUAUACGUGAAGCAAAUGAGGACCAGGACAAUAGCAUGAUGAAUCUUGAUUGGAGUUGGUUAACUGAAUGACUUGGCAUUUGUUCACUACCCUCCAACCUGUGGAAGUUGUUGCUGCAAAUUCUUCACAUACCAGUCAAUGGAAGAAAGGGAUAUAUUCAGAAACUACGCAUGCUACGCAUGGCUUUACUCUUGAUUUUGAGUAAUUUUAACCACCAGAUAGGAUUUUAUGAAAAUCAAUGGACUUCUUUAAAUAUUUGUUUUAAUACUACAAUUACUCGGCCACAGAUUUAGCUCAGUGGUUCCGCCACCUGCUUUUAAGCAUAAGGUCCUGAGUUCAAUCCCCGGUACCAAAAAAAAAACACCGCAAUUACUUAGGAGCAUCAUUGUGACCCAUAUGUUUUUAAACUUGGUAAAACAUUACUUAUUUACCUAAAAAUACCUUUAAAGUUUUAACUUUUAGGCAUAAAGCCAAACAUAGUAUUGUACACAGAGAAAAGUCAUCUAACAUUCAUUUUAAGUAAUGUUGCCUACUUGUGUUUUUAUGAAAGAGAUUGCUUACAAGUGAAAUUGUACUUCUUGAAGAAUAAAUCCUACCUCCUUGUGUUGCACUCAGCAAGUGCUCUUCCUAGCAUCAUGAGGAGUUGACUUAACCCUAUUUUAAUUUUAGGUCACAGAUAAUAGUAUCCCCUCCUUACAGAAGGGAUUGUAUUUCCAAGCCUUCAAUUCCAGUUGAUUGUCAUAAAUCAUGUAUGCUAUAUGUGUGUGUGUAUGUAUUUAAGAUGUACAUUUAAUAAUAUCAAAAAGAAAGAUGU